AUGGCAGAGAAGAAGUCACGGUGGGGUAGGAAAGAGAAGAAAGUCGAACAGGCUCCACCGGUACUCCAAGUCCGCCACCGAGACCUGGAAUUACCGGGGGCUGUUGCCGUCCUGCUCGAAAACUAUUUCACAGUGGAGGAGUGCGAGAGAUACUUCAAGGUCCUCACCAACGAGAUAGACUGGCGACAUCAACAGAUCACCGUGACAAGCCAAGAUAGCGGCGACCGAGUGACGGGGGAUGAGCCACGCCGCACUCUCUUCAUGUCGGACCCAGGCAUUUGCUACGAGUACUCGGGCCGUGAGAACGUCGGACAGCAAUGGCAUCCUGCAGUCCUGGAGAUCAAGAAGAAGGCAGAGGAGGGCCUGGCAGAGUGCGGUCUGCCUCAGGUGGUGUUCAACUCGGCGCAGAUGAACCGCUACGACUUUCCUCGCCAUACGCUCGGUAUGCAUGCUGACAACGAGCCGGACUUGGACAGAGACUCUCCCAUUGUUUCGGCCGCUUGGCCUGCACUGCAGCAGGACAAGCUGUAG